AUGGACAUCGACGACAUUCUCGCCUCGGUCGAUCGCGGCCCAGGCGCCAGCCCAGAGUCAGCAGCGCUGGACCACCAGCUCCUGACGCGUUUCUGGGUCGCCGAACGCGCUGUGUCAGAGGUACUACCGUGGCCCGCACCACUGAUGGAGCGCAUGAUGGACCGAGUGCGGAUGCAGAUCGAAACAAUCGAAGACCUAGCCGCCUCAUCAGGCGACACAGACAUGCAACCAACAACCCACAACCCAAACCUCAACCUCCGCCUCUCAAUCCUCCAAACAGACCUCGCACGCACGCAAUAUAUAAUCCGCAGUCUACUACGGGCGCGCCUGGCAAAGAUCACAAAAUACAGCAUGCACUACCUCGUCCAACUAGCAUCGCGCAACAAAAACCCUCUCUCGCAAACGCAAUCCCAAUCCCAGUCCCAAUCCACAAACGCCAACGCACAGCCCGAGGAUUCAGUGCCUGAUAUUUCCUCCCUAGACGAUCUAGCGCCGCUGUCUCAGCCCGAGGCUGCAUUUUUGCAUUCGCAUCAGACGCUGUUGGCCGGCCAUUAUGCGGGGUCGUUUAUGGGUGCUUUUCCACGGCAGUUGAGGCGGUUGGAUGAUAAUGCUGGUGGGACGAGUAUGAUUCAGGGCCCUGAGGUGCGGGAGGUUGUUUUUGUUCGGUGUUUGGGGGUUGAGGUUCCUGUUGUUGUUGGAGGGGAGGAGGAUGGCGGGGAUUAUGGGGUCACUAUGCGUAUAGGUGAUGUUUGGGUUGUUCGGUGGGAGGGUGUUAAGGAUGCUUGGGGGAGGGGGGAGGUUGAAUUGUUGUGA